AUGGAGAUUUCUCCGGCAACGUCGGCAUCUGCCUCGUACGAUUCUCAGAUCCGAAGUUCGAAUUCCGAAGAUGCGUCGUCUAAUGAGUUGACUGAUUCGAAUGAUGUUUCAAUCGAAGAAGAAAGAGAUGGUAAUUCUACGGCGGCGCCGGAGAAUUUUUCGGCGUCUUCUUCGCCGCCGUCUUCGGUUGCUGUGAAUAAAUCGUACGAUGAUGAUGACGAAGAAGAAGAUGUUUGUCGGAUUUGUCGAAAUCCAGGCGAUGCGGAUAAUCCAUUGAGGUAUCCGUGUGCUUGUAGCGGAAGUAUUAAAUUUGUUCAUCAGGAUUGUCUUCUUCAGUGGCUUAAUCAUAGUAAUGCUCGUCAGUGCGAGGUGUGCAAGCAUGCAUUUGCAUUUUCUCCUGUUUAUGCUGAGAACGCUCCAACUAGACUUCCUUUCCGGGAGUUUGUUCUUGGGAUAGGGAAGAAGACCUGUCAUGUUCUGAAAUUCUUUUUACGUCUUGGUUUUGUGCUAUCUGUUUGGCUUCUGAUUAUCCCUUUCAUCACUUUCUGGAUUUGGCGACUGGCUUUUGUUCGUAGUUUUUCUGAAGCCAAUCGUUUAUUCCUCAGUCAUAUGUCAUUUACCGUUAUUCUUACCGAUUGUCUGCAUGGAUUUCUUCUCUCGGCAAGCAUUGUGUUUAUUUUUCUUGGGGCUACAUCUUUGAGAGAUUAUUUUAGACAUGUACGAGAAGCUCAAGGGCAAGAUGCCGAUAGAGAGGAUGAAGGGGAUAGGAAUGGGGCCAGAGCUGUGAGAAGGCCUCUUGGACAGGUAAAUAGAAAUUUGCUUGCUGAUGGCAAUGUGGAUGAUGUUGGUGAAGCUGCUCAAGUAAUUGCUGGAGCUAAUCAAUUGAUCAGACGGGCAGAAAACGUUGCUGCUCAAUGGGAGAGGCAUGCUGCCCGGCUUGAAGUUCAUGUUGAUCAGAUUUUUGAUGGGCUGGAUGAUGCAGAUGGUGCAGAAGAUGUUCCCUUUGAUGAGCUUGUGGGCAUGCAGGGUCCUGUUUUCCAUUUGGUUGAGAAUGCUUUUACUGUUUUGGCAAGCAACAUGAUCUUUCUUGGAGUUGUUAUAUUUGCUCCUUUCUCUCUUGGACGUGUAAUAUUACAUUAUAUAUCAUGGCUUUUCUCUUCUGCAACUUAUCCAGUACUUUCCACAGUCAUGCCACUUACAGAAUCAGCUCUUUCCUUGGCUAAUAUUACCUUGAAGAAUGCCUUGACAACUGUCACUAAUCUGUCUUCUGAAAAAUCUGAAAGCCUAAUUGAUAAUGUGGCUGAAAUUUUGAGUACAAAUGCAAGUGAGCUGAAUGUUUCUCCGAACAACAUUAGCUCCCCUCUGACCUCAGAUGUCCUGAAAGGUGUGACUGCUGGAACAUCCAAGCUUUCUGAUGUUACGACACUGGUUGUUGGAUACAUGUUUAUUUUCUCCCUCAUCUUUCUUUACUUUGGCAUGGUUGCAUUAAUUAAGUAUACCAAAGGUGAGCCUUUAACUAUGGGAAGGUUCCAUGGUAUUGCUUCAGCAGCAGAGAAUAUUCCUUCCCUUUUACGGCAGUUCUUCGCAGGCAUGAGACACUUAAUGACUAUGAUCAAGGUUGCAUUCCUUCUUGUUAUUGAACUUGGAGUUUUCCCUUUGAUGUGUGGCUGGUGGCUGGAUAUUUGCACAAUCAGGAUGUUUGGAAAAUCGAUGGCGCAAAGAGUUGAAUUUUUUUCAGUCUCUCCAUUGGCUAGUUCUUUGGUUCAUUGGGUUGUUGGGAUAUUCUACAUGCUGCAGAUCAGCAUCUUUGUCAGCCUUCUUCGAGGGGUUUUGCGUAGUGGAGUCCUUUAUUUCCUUCGAGAUCCAGCUGAUCCUAACUACAAUCCAUUUCGCGAUCUUAUUGACGAUCCUGUUCACAAACAUGCUCGUAGAGUUUUGCUCUCUGUAGCUGUAUAUGGCAGUUUGAUUGUGAUGCUGGUUUUCCUUCCUGUAAAGCUUGCAAUGCGGAUGGCGCCCUCCAUAUUUCCACUUGAUAUUUCAGUUGCAGAUCCAUUUACUGAGAUACCUGCUGACAUACUGUUGUUUCAAAUCUGCAUUCCCUUUGCCAUUGAGCAUUUCAAACUAAGAACAACAAUUAAGUCUCUUCUUCGGUAUUGGUUCACUGCUGUUGGCUGGACACUUGGUUUGACAGAUUUUUUACUUCCAAAGUCUGAUGAAGCUGGUAAUCAAGAUAAUGGCAAUGAUGAAGCAGUUAGGCAGGACAGAUUACGUGGUCUGCAGCUGGGAGGUGCACAGCAGGACCAUCUAGCACUUCUUCCAGAUGCUCAAAAUGAGGGCCAUGGAUCUGAAACUUCAGAUAUGGAGGAAUAUGACGGAGAAGAACAAUCUGAUGCAGAGCGAUACAGAUUUGUAUUCCGUAUUGUUUUGCUCUUGGUAGUGGCUUGGAUGACCUUACUCGUCUUCAAUUCUGCAUUAAUUAUUGUACCCGUAUCUCUUGGAAGGGCUAUCUUCAACUCCAUCCCUCUUCUUCCUAUAACGCAUGGCAUAAAGUGCAAUGACCUGUAUGCUUUCACCAUUGGAAGCUAUGUUAUUUGGACUGCCAUAGCUGGAGUCAGGUAUACAAUUGAGCAGGUCAAAUCAAGGAGGGCAGCAGUUUUAUUUGGCCAAAUUUGGAAGUGGUGUGGAAUUGCUCUUAAGAGUUUUGCACUUCUAUCAAUAUGGAUAUUUGUAAUUCCUGUCUUGAUAGGACUGCUGUUCGAGCUUUUGGUGAUUGUACCAAUGCGAGUACCGGUAGAUGAAAGCCCAGUUUUCCUCCUUUACCAAGAUUGGGCCUUGGGACUGAUAUUUUUGAAGAUAUGGACACGAUUGGUCAUGUUGGACCACAUGAUGCCCAUGGUAGAUGAGAGUUGGAGAGCUAAAUUUGAGAGAGUUAGAGAAGAUGGAUUCUCUAGGCUGCAGGGUCUUUGGGUGCUGCGGGAGAUAGUGCUACCUAUAAUACUAAAGCUGCUUACUGCUCUCUGCGUACCUUAUGUUUUAGCUCGAGGAGUAUUUCCCGUUUUUGGUUACCCCUUGAUUGUCAACUCGGCCGUUUACCGGUUUGCUUGGUUGGGGUGCCUGUGCUUAAGCGUGUUAUUUUUCUGUGCCAAGAGGUUCCAUGUCUGGUUCACAAACUUGCACAAUUCCAUUCGUGAUGACCGCUACCUUAUCGGUCGCAGACUCCAUAAUUUUGGGGAAGCUGCCAUAAGAAGGGCUGCUGAAGAAACAGAAGCUCUGAGUAUGCAACGAAAUGAUGUAAUUAGACAAGAAGAUGUGGGUCUGAGAUUAAGACGAGGCAACCAAGUUGAUGCUUAGUUAUAGAUAUGAAUCUACGAGUCAAUUUCCUGGCAUGUAGUUCUAUACCUGUUUCGGAAGAAGUCAUGUGAGUUAAAUGUAGAUUGAUUAUUUAGUUUGUGCAUAUAACAUGUAAUAGUAAGAGAAGGAAGAGGAAAUGUAAUAUUUUUUUGUCCUUUAUUCCUAAUAAUUUUUCGUAGCUAUCAGCUGACAGCGUAGAAUUAAGGUUUAGUUCCUACACAUUAUACUGUCCUGUUUCUUGAAAGAGAUAAAAUCCAGUUGGAUUUUAGCUUCAGAUUCAUUUAAGUGUUCAAAAUUAACGAUGGCAAUGAGAUUCAAUAACUGGUUUUCAUGAAGGUA